GGAGGUUAGAAAUCCAUGCGCCGGUAUAAAAGUAAGGCGCAAAAUGGUGUACUCACAAUUCAAGCACUGCUUGGAUUACUUCCUGACGGGCAAGAUGUCAACUUUGACUCCUCAAAUCCCCCUUCCACGACAUAGACAUCCGAAUACACCCCCUAUCCCGAUCGCUAACUCUCCCAUUGGCAACCUACGCCCUGGGAGAUCUCCUAUCUUUCGGAAUUCCGCGGUUUCAACACGGGUGGGUGGCUUGUAGGAAAGAGUGGAUGUAAAGUUUGGAAGACGACGCUGGGUUUCCAAGGACAAGGGCCUAAUCUAAAUAACUAGGUUGGAA